AUUUUCUUUCCAAAACUUCAUGUAUAUAUAUAGACCCUACUCUCAUUUCCAUUCCACAAUCAAAUAUUUUCUUCAUCAAACACAUUCAUAUAAUACACAAUAUUAUACAAUCCAUGGCCAUAUUUUCCCCUUUUAAACACAAUAGUGUCUUUUUUAUAUUGUUGAUGUGGAUUCUCUUAUCAUGUGUUUUUGUUUGGGGAAGACCAGCAACUUUUAAUCAAGAUUUUCAUGUCACGUGGUCAGAACCCCAUAUCAAGCAAAUUGAUCAAGGCAGAACUAUCCAACUUACCCUAGACCAAGGCUCUGGUUGCGGGUUUGCAUCAAAGGUGAAGUAUUUGUUUGGUCGUGUAAGCAUGAAGAUCAAACUUGUCCCUGGAGAUUCUGCUGGUACUGUUACUGCAUUUUAUAUGAACUCUGACACUGACAGUGUACGUGAUGAGUUGGAUUUUGAGUUCUUGGGAAACCGUACUGGACAACCUUACACAGUUCAAACAAACAUUUAUGCUCAUGGAAAGGGUGAUAGAGAACAAAGAGUUAAUCUUUGGUUUGAUCCUUCUGCUGAUUUCCACACUUACUCCAUUCUUUGGAAUCAUCACCAUAUUGUCUUCUAUGUUGAUGAAGUUCCUAUUAGAGUAUACAAGAACAAUGAAGCAAAAGGGAUACCAUACCCAAAAAUGCAAGCCAUGGGAGUAUUUUCAACAUUAUGGGAAGCUGAUAAUUGGGCAACAAGAGGUGGAUUAGAGAAAAUUAAUUGGAGUAAAGCACCUUUCUAUGCUUAUUACAAGGAUUUUGAUAUUGAAGGAUGUGCAAUUCCAGGACCAACUACAUGUUCCACUAACCCAAAAAAUUGGUGGGAAGGAGUUGAAUAUCAAGCUCUUAGUGCCAUUGAAGCUAGAAGAUAUAGGUGGGUUCGUAUGAACCAUGUGAUCUAUGAUUAUUGUCAAGAUAAAUCAAGGUACCCAAUGACCCCACAUGAGUGUCUUUCAGGCAUUUAAAUGUCCAAAACCAAACUAUACAUAUAUUUAUAAACAUUAAUUCAAUUCGUCGGCAAAAUUAGUGGUUCAUAACGUUUGUGCCACAUACUUUUAUGUGCAUAUGAUAUUCAUUUAUAAUGUGUGUAUAUAGUACUAUAUGUCCCAAUUAUUAAGCCAAAAAUUAGAAGGGGUAUAGGUAAGUUGUAUAAGUCAAAGCCUCUUCUAGCUCUGUUGGCAUUGUAUGUGAUUUUACGAAAGCCAUUAUUGUGAUCAAUUGAUGAAUAAUAAACAAUUUAUUUGUGUUUUUAGGUAAA